AUGCAAUCUCCGAGUCUGCCAACACCAGACAAGAAUGAUUGGAGAGAAUCUAUCAAAAAUGAGAUGUCUCAGUUACACAAAGGAGGGCGGCUCAAAAUGUUAAAAGAUUACAGUAUGAUGUUUGAAGAAUUAUACAGGCGCCUAUCGGGAGGAAUCUUAGCUCGCUGCAUAGAUGAAGGAGAGGCUCAAAGAAGGCUGAAAGAGAUACAUGGGACCAUUUGUGGAGUUGAGCAUGUUGUCAGUUUGUACAGAAGGUUGGAACGCAAAGGUUACUACUGGUCAAGUAUGAAGCAACAGGUCGCUGAGAUGCAAUCUUCAUGCCACAAGUGCUCUAUAUUAAUGCCGUCAGAACAUGAAGGCAUUACGGCAACAAUGACAAAAGACAGGAGAUCACCGUACUUGGAGUACCUCAUUUGCAAAACACUGCCGGAAGAUCGUAAGCAUGCAUACAAGAUCAAGAAAAUAGCAAAGAGGUACUUUGUGGAUGGGACAUACUAUACAGAAAAUGGUUCAAUGCAACAGAAUCUUUCACUAAGUGGGUUGAGGCAAUUCCGCUUCAAGGCAACAGGAGAAGCAAUUUCAAACUUCAUCAGGGAGUAUAUCUUCUGCAGAUUCGGGAUCCCUUACAAGAUUGUUACAGACAAUGGGACUCCUUUUGUCAACCAAAAAGUGAGCAUAACACUCAAAGGGUACGAAAUCAAGCACAAGAGAUCAACGCCAUAUUACCCCCAAGGGAAUGGCCAAGCUGAAGCUACAAAUAAAACUCUCAUCAGAAUGUUGAGCAAAAUGGUGCAUGAAUACAAAGGAGGAUGGAGUACUCAUUUACCUGACGUUUUAUGGGCCUAUCGCACUUCUCCAAGGAGUGCCACCGGAUUCUCUCCAUAUUCCUUGGUUUACGGAUCCGAAGCAGUUUUACUUGUAGAGAUCAUGAUCCUGUUAGCAAGAGUGCUAGCUGUUAAUGAUCUGGAAUGGGAUGCUGAAUCUUGUGCUAAAUGGAGGACGAUGGAUCUUGAAGCAACGGAUGAGAGAAAGAGACAAGCAGAAGUCAAAGCGGAAGCAUACCGACAGACAAUGACCAAGGCCUACAACAGAACAAUCAAGGAAAGAAGCUUCAAGGAAUGA